AUGCUUUCCGUCUUGUUCUUAAUAGUUAUAUGUAUAUGCAAUAACUUCGAUACAACUUUUUGUAAGGAAGAUACACAUGGCCAUGAAGUGCUUUUGUGUCGGAAAUGUGGCACUGAUUUGGUGGACUCAUACUAUUUAUUCAAUAAAUUAAGUCCAGGUGCCAAUAAAGUAGAAAAACAGAGCAUGUUUGGAAAAGAGAAUGUUACUGUACAAACACUAAUAAACCCCUUUGGAAUUAAUUUUGAAAUAAUUACUAGUGAAAAAGCAAAGUGUAAAAACAUUGGACCUAGUCAAGGUGCUGAUUCGUGGUUUCCAGGAUAUACUUGGCAAAUUUGUGUUUGUCCACACUGUGGACAGCAUAUAGGCUGGACAUUCACUAGAUCAGAGUCAAACUCUAACAUUGAAGAUGGUAUGAAUUCAUUCCACGGCUUGAUAUUAAAAAACAUCCUUGGCGAAAAUUUUACAGACUCCCUGAUAAUGCUGCCGAAAAUUUAUAACAUGUGA